GGUGUAGCUCGCAUCACCACUUUAUCACACGGGGUGUGUGGCAUAUAAGGCGAUAACGGACUUGGAAGUGCACUGUACUUUGUGAUUGUACAUACAACAGAGGCGUGUGCGCGGUUCCCAAAAGCAUUUUUUUAUUGUUUUUGCCCUGAGAUAAUUUCGACCAUUGUGUUAAUUUAUUUACCAAAUUCAUCUCUUGAGGAUCAUAUAUAAAAUAUGGCCCUAUACAGUUUGAAAAACAACCUUCAGUACGCAACUCUGAAGACCCUGUCGCUGGUUUCCAUCAGCGUCAUGUCCCCGCAGCAGAGCGUGCAGGAAAUCUUCAGAACAGCAGACUGUGUGUGCUUUGAUGUUGAUUCUACUGUUAUACAAGACGAGGGUAUCGAUGAGCUGGCUAACUUCUGCGGGAAAGGAGAUGAAGUUAAGAGACUUACUGCUGAGGCGAUGGGCGGAAACAUGACCUUCCAAGAAGCGUUAAAGAAGAGGCUCGACAUCAUCAGACCGAGCGUUAGUCAAGUUAGGGAAUUUUUAGAAAAGUUUCCAGUUCGGCUCACGCCGGGUAUUUCACAAUUGGUGAAAGCUCUUCAAGAUAGAGGCGUGAUCGUGUACCUUGUAUCCGGUGGCUUCAGAAGCCUUAUAGAGCCGGUCGCUGAGAAGCUUGGCAUCCCAUCGUCUCACAUAUUCGCAAAUAGACUCAAAUUUUACUUUAACGGCGAAUAUGCCGGCUUCGAUGAGAACGAACCCACUUCCCGUUCGGGUGGCAAGGGCCUGGUGAUCAGGAGGUUGAAGGAACAGCACGGCUACCAGAGGCUCAUAAUGAUAGGAGAUGGCGCUACUGACGCCGAGGCUAGCCCUCCCGCUGAUGGAUUUAUCGGUUUUGGAGGAAAUGUAACACGCGAGGAAGUGAGGAAAAAGGCGGCGUGGUACGUUACCGACUUCCAAGAGUUGAUCCAGAAUCUCACCAUCCAAACAAAAUGAACAUCAAUAACUCUGAUGCACUAAAUUAUCUGUGCAUUUGAAAUGAACCUUAGUACAACGAAAUAAGUUUUAUAAUUGCCAGCGUUGUAUUAAGAUUCGUUGAAUGGAAAGCGAAAUAGCUGUCCCGCACUCUCGUCGAAAUGAGCCUCAACUCAUUUUUUUAUUCGAAUUAAAUGUUUGUGAUUAUCUCAAGCUUUAUAGUAUUACGUAAUAUACGUAUUUAUUGUACAAAAUUAAAAACGAUGUAAGAAAAUGUUAGCAAUUUUAGGCAUAGUUUAAAUAUUAAAUGGUGCUGUUUUACAUAGAAAUAUUAGUGUCAAUUUCAAUGCACGGUACAUAAAUAUAAAGUUUAUAUUUGUUUGUGCAUUUAUAGUUUAUAAUAAUUGUAAUUUGUCGUUUUGAUGGUACUCUGAGUACAUGAAUUGAGUAAUAUAAGUAUUCAGGGACUUAGUCCCGAAAUUUAUCAAUUGCGACAUUUAUGACAAAAUUAAUAGGUAUUUUUUAAGAAGUAGCGUAGGUAGCUAAUUUGUAUUUAAGCAUUUUAAGAUCAUUCUAUAUUUUAUUUUCUGUAGCCAAUUUAUAGAUACAUAUUUUUAGUAUAUUUUUAUCAUUGUUUUGUUAAUAUUUAUAUUUACCGUACAGUGGUUGUCUAAUACAAUUGUUUAAAUAAAUAAUAUUAUAUUAGUUGAUAUUUUUAUAGUUUAAAUAUCAUUUAUCAAAAA